AAUUAGAGAAAAAGAAAACGAUGAGGACAAGGUUCGUAAGCUGAAGCGGUUACUAACUGUCAACAAAAUCCACACGUCAGCUUCCCCUUAUUCCACCUUCCAACGUUAAAAUAUUACUUUCUACUCACACUCACACUCUCCCUCUCCAUGGAAAGUCCAAGCUACUCUUUCCGAUGAUGUUUUGGCUCUCCUUCCUUUUCCUACUCUCCAUCAUCGCCAUCAACGACGUCGUGGCGUUAGUAGUUGCCGACGCCAAGAGGAUUCCCUCCACCCUUGACGGGCCUUUCGACCCCGUAACCGUCCCUUACGACGUCAGCUUGCGCGGGAACGCCGUCGAUUUGCCCGACACCGAUCCCCGUGUCCUCCGCCGCGUCAAAGGAUUCGAGCCCGAGCAGAUUUCGGUCUCUCUUUCCGUUAGUUACGACUCUGUUUGGAUCUCAUGGGUCACAGGGGAAUUCCAAAUUGGUAACAACAUAAAGCCUUUAAACCCUAAUGCUGUUGCGAGUUUGGUUCGUUAUGGGAGGUCAAGGUUUCCACUAACUCAUGAAGCCAUCGGCUAUUCUUUGGUGUAUAAUCAACUUUACCUGUUUGAGGGCCUUAAGAAUUAUACUUCUGGGAUCAUCCACCAUGUUCGUCUCACAGGGCUGAAACCUAGUACACUAUAUUAUUAUCGAUGUGGAGAUCCUUCAAUAUCAGCCAUGAGUGAUAUCUAUCACUUCAGGACCCUGCCAACUUCUGGUCCCCGAAGCUACCCAAAGAGAAUAGCAGUUGUGGGAGAUCUUGGACUAACAUAUAAUACAACUGACACAAUUAGUCAUUUGACAAGGAACAAUCCUGAUCUAGUUAUAUUGGUUGGUGAUGUAACUUAUGCAAACCUGUACCUCACAAAUGGUACUGGCUCAGACUGCUAUGAUUGCUCAUUUCCUGAUACUCCAAUACAUGAGACCUAUCAACCUCGUUGGGAUUACUGGGGGAGGUUUAUGCAGAGUUUAAUUUCUAAAACUCCAAUAAUGGUGGUAGAAGGAAACCAUGAAAUAGAGGAGCAAGCUGGGAACCAGAGAUUUGUAGCUUACAGUUCUCGGUUUGCAUUCCCUUCCAAAGAAAGCGAAUCGUCAUCCACAUUCUACUACUCCUUCAAUGCAGGGGGAAUACAUUUUAUCAUGCUUGGAGCCUAUAUUGCUUAUAAUAAAUCAGCGGAGCAAUACAAGUGGCUGGAGAGGGACUUAGCUAAGGUUGAUAGAUCCAUGACUCCAUGGCUGGUGGCUGCUUGGCACCCACCAUGGUACAGUUCGUAUAAAGCCCAUUAUAAAGAGGCAGAAUGUAUGAGGGUGGAAAUGGAAGAACUACUAUACAGUUAUGGUGUUGACAUAGUCCUUAAUGGACAUGUUCAUGCAUACGAGAGGUCCAAUCGAGUUUACAAUUUUACAUUAGAUCCAUGUGGACCGGUACAUAUCACAGUAGGAGAUGGGGGAAACCGUGAAAAGAUGGCAAUUGAACAUGCUGAUGAAACUGGUAACUGUCCAGAGGCAUCAUCUACUUAUGACAUGUAUAUGGGUGGCUUUUGUGCAAAAAACUUCACAAGUGGUCCAGCGGCUGGCAAGUUCUGUUGGGAUCGGCAACCUGAUUACAGUGCUUUCAGAGAAAGUAGCUUUGGCCAUGGGAUCCUGGAGGUAUCUCUGUGUAUUUCUGUCUCUCUUCACGCAUUUGUUCAACAGAUGAAGCAUCAUAGUGAAGAACGAGACUUGGGCCCUAUGGACAUGGUAUCGGAACCAGGACUCAAAUACUAAGGUUGGCGAUCAAAUUUACAUAGUGAGGCAACCUGAUAUUUGUCCUGUGCAUCACACGCUACCAAAACGUUGGUUUGCAGACAGUUAAGUGAGGUUAGUACCUUACAAAGGAAAUUCAUUGUGCUCUUGGUGGGCUUCAGUGAAGAUCCAGGUACUUUUGGGCAGAUAGAAAAUCGGAAAAAAGCAGCUAACAGCUCUCUUGCUCUUGUUCUUUCUCUCCCUCAGUUCUUUCCAUGAUAGCUAUAGUUACAUACGAUACAGCUCAUGGAAUGUGUGCAAGGAGAAACAAGAGUCAUAAUAGUACUUGCAGUUUUCUCCUACAUCACUAACUUUUCUGGACGCUUUGCCCAGAAAUGGUGGACAAUUGUGCAUUAUGAGGAACCUUUAUAUCAGUUUAGAGUACAAUACAAACGCAAAAAACCCCAAAAUCAACAAACAGAAUCUAGCUAAGUGAUUGCUUGGUGGUAAAGCCGAAAGCCUACCUAAGCUUUCUUUAAUGAAGAGAGUGGCCUCCCCAAUAAUGGGGCAUCAUGGUUCAUUAAUGCACCCCUGGCUUCUCCCAAGUAGCCAAAUAUAUGUAACUUUCUGAGUAGGCUUAGGCUGGUAUUAUUAUGUUUUUUGGUCUACAGACUUGAGUCACAUGGUUCUGGCUGAUAUUGAUUCUGAAUUUCUGAGGAUGCUACAGCCUACAGCUUCUGCCCCACCUCAUUAAACAUAGUAAAAGGCUUUCCUGAACAGUCAUUUUCCGUGCCUUGUGUUAACUCUGCCCGAUAUUAUCAUGUCUGCAGGCUGUCGAUCAUUGAUGGUGGCUAUCAAGUUUUUCCGGGCUUUUUGUGUCUAACAGUUGCAUUUCAUUAUAAAGAAUAACAACCGUUUCUCCUUCAGAAAGUAAGCCUUGAUUUUUGUUUCUUUUUUAGAGUAAAGACAUAAUUAUUAAAGAAGUUUACUAAGUUCAUUGGCGCUUUCUUGCUGCGGUGCCGUUA